CCCUGUGAAGUUGCUGUUUCUCCUUUUGUAAUUAGUAAGUCACUUGUACAGAGAUUCUUCGAGAUUAUGUAAAUAAUACAUGAUCUCUUAGAAUCAUCACAUAACCCUUGGAACCAGGCACUGUCACGAUGCUAUCACAGAUUGGCAGACCAAGCCUCGAGAGAUUUUAUAACCAGCUCUAACCCAAGGUCACACAGCAGGUGGUACUGGCAGAGUGCGCCCUUGACGCCUGCUCUGUACUGUCAGACCUGAUUGGGGCAUGACAUGACAUAAGCGUGGGGACCCUGGCAGGUCCUGAUCGGAAGCCAGCUGCCCCACCCGUUUGGACUGACCCUCUAUGGGGAGCGCAUCUACUGGACCGACUGGCAGACCAAGAGUAUCCAGAGUGCCGACCGGCUGACGGGGCUGGACCGGGAGACCCUGCAGGAGAACCUGGAGAACCUGAUGGACAUCCACGUCUUCCACCGCCGGCGGCCCCCAGUGUCCACACCAUGCGCGACGGAGAACGGCGGCUGCAGCCACCUGUGUCUUCGGUCCCCAAACCCAAGUGGCUUCAGCUGUACCUGCCCCACAGGCAUUAACGUGAUGCCUGAUGGCAAGACCUGCUCACCAGGCAUGAACAGUUUCCUCAUCUUCGCCAGGAGGAUAGACAUCCGCAUGGUCUCCUUGGACAUCCCUUACUUUGCCGACGUGGUGGUACCCAUCAACAUCACCAUGAAGAACACCAUUGCCAUUGGAGUGGAUCCCCAGGAAGGUCUGCGUG